GUUGUUUUUAAAUGUCAUUAAUAUAUUAAUUUAGAAUUAUUUAAAUAUUAUUUUUGAAUUAAAAAGUUCGAAAUCUAUUUAGAUAAAAUGGAUAACGUUGGAGCCGAAGUAGGACAAAAAAUGAGGUCGGCCAUCAAGGCCAAACUACUAGAAUUAAACUGCUACGUCGAUGAUGAACUUCCUGAUUAUAUAAUGGUUAUGGUGGCGAAUAGAAGAUCUAAAUCUCAGAUGAAUGAAGAUUUGAAUCUAUUUUUGAAUACCAAAACAUCUGCAUUUGUGGAAUGGUUACACAUCGUUCUUAAAAAACUGAAAGAAGUCACAGUUACCAACCCAGAAGUUUAUAAAAAAGUGGCCAAAAGGAAAUCGAGCGAACAAAUAGAUGUUAAGGUUAAAAAAGAGAAGUUGAAAAGAAUUGAAAACGUGAAAAAAGAGAGUCAAAAUGAUCCUUUAAAAAAUUCUACGAGUAUUGAUAAGAAUAAUGCAGGGGAAUUUGAUAUACCUCUUCUAACAGAUAUAAAUUCAUCUAGUGAGAAUGAUUUAAAAGAAAUUGAAGCUAAAAUAAGAAAUGUUAAAAGCCGAUUAGGAAUAGUAGUAGACGGUGAUGUAAACGAGGAGAUUUUAAGAAUUAAAAUUGAAGAAGCUAAAAACAAUACUAUACAGCUAGAAGAACGAUAUAGUAGUCCAAAUGAAAGAGAAGUAGUGUUAAAUGAAGAAGAACAAGAUGAAAUUAGUUAUACCCCAGAAAAACCCCAUAGACAUUCACCAAUUAGGUUCGAAAAGGAAGAUUUCGUCAAAACUCCACCUAGAAAACCCUCAAUACUCUCUAGAUUGGGAAAAAGAGUUGCAAUCAGCAGCGAAUCAGAACAGAAAAAGAAGAAAACGAAUUUUUCUGAUACAACAAAGGAAGAAUCAAAUUUCGAAAGGAACAGUGAUAAGCAGAGGUAUAAAAGGGACGAAGAUAAGAAGAGAUCGAGUGAAAGAAAGUUUUCAAGAAACAGGAAGGAAUUGGAUGUUAGAGAAAGAGGGGAAAAGGUGAGUGUUUUAAGUAGACUUGGAGUGAUGUCGAAAAUACAUGUACCGGAAAAACGUCUUGAGGAUCCUGAUAUUGAAGAUGAAUUAAAAACUAGGGAAGUGAGAAGUAUGGUUCAAGUUAAACCAAGAGUUUUACCCCCAAUUACCAUCCAACCCAAUAAAAAUCUUCUACUGAAAGCUGUAGCUGAAGCUAAUAAGAGUGUUACUGAAGCCAAUUCCAAAGUUGCUUUGAAGUCGUCUAAAAUCGAUGAUGAAAACGUUUCGUCCACGAGAAAAUUGUCGCACAAAGAGAAAGUUAAAUUGAGGAAUCUCAUUCUAGCGCAAGUGUCUUUGGAAGAUAGUGAUGAUGGUGUAGACGGUGAUAAAUAUAUGGAAUAUGUACCCAAACCCAUUAAGAAAAUUGAUGUCCAAGGAUUGCCUGAAUAUGUCCCGUCAACCAGGACUUCAGUUGAUGAUAGAUCGGUCGAAGCGGCACCGGCGAAAAUUAGAAAAUCAGCCAAAGAACGAUUAGAAAGAAGAAAAUCUCCGUCUCCCAUUAUUUUCGAUAAAAUAUCUACCGUGGUGAAGACUAAAUCGGACGUACCGGAGACGCCGCCCUGCGUGAAAAUCCAAGAGAGGUGCAAAUAUUGGCCGGGUUGCAGACAGGGCGACAAAUGUGAGUUCGUUCAUCCGGUAACGGUUUGCGAAUCGUUUCCGAAUUGCAAAAACGGCGAUAAUUGUUCGAAAAUUCAUCCGAAUUGCAAGUUCGGUUCGGGUUGCACGAAACGCGAUUGUCCCUAUACCCAUUCGGUCGUUUCCGUUCGGGCGGUAACGCCGCCGCAAAUUUGCAAAUAUUUUCCUAAAUGCGCGAACGUCGCUUGUCCCUAUUUCCAUCCGAAAUUCUGCAAGUUCGGUAAAUAUUGUAAAAAUAAAAACGAUUGCGCUUUCUCCCAUUCGAAUACCCUCAUACAUACGUGGAAAUCGAAAUGAUUCCGUUUUUUUUUUCUCUUUUUUUUUUUCGUCAAUUUCAUCGUCUCCGAUGGACGGAACUUUUUAUCGUUUAUCCCUCGUAUUACUUUUUUCCUCUUUUAUUUUUUUUGAUGCUAAUCUAUUCGUUGUCUGUAUCGAAUUCGAUCGAAUCGUCUGUCGGCGUAUUUUAAAAGGUGAAAUUUUGGUUUUUGACAUUUAUUUUUGACGUAUUGUUUAAAUUUUUGGCGUUGGACACAUUUUUUUUCUAGAUUUCUCGGCCGUUUUCAAUAUUUUCACUUUUUUUAAUAUUACUUCGAUUUAUGAUGUUCCGAGCCUUUUUUACCGAUUUUUUUGACAUUUCACGUAUAUUUUUGUCAUUUGACGUUUAUUUUUAACGUUUGAUACAUAGUUUUGAAGUCUGUCACCAAUUUUUUCACAUUGCUCACCAUUUUUUGAUGUAUGACAUUAAUUUUUGAAGUUUGACGUUUACUUUUGACGUUUGACGGUUAUUUUUGACGUUUGACGUUUAUUUUUAACGUUUGAUACAUAGUUUUGAAGUCUGUCACCAAUUUUUUCACAUUGCUCACCAUUUUUUGAUGUAUGACAUUAAUUUUUGACGUUUGACGUUUAUUUUUGACGUUUGACGGUUAUUUUUGACGUUUGACGUUUAUUUUUAACGUUUGAUACAUAGUUUUGAAGUCUGUCACCAAUUUUUUCACAUUGCUCACCAUUUUUUGAUGUAUGACAUUAAUUUUUGAAGUUUGACGUUUACUUUUGACGUUUGACGGUUAUUUUUGACGUUUGACGUUUAUUUUUAACGUUUGAUACAUAGUUUUGAAGUCUGUCACCAAUUUUUUCACAUUGCUCACCAUUUUUUGAUGUAUGACAUUAAUUUUUGACGUUUGACGUUUAUUUUUGAUGUUUGACGUUUAUUUUUGACGUUCGACACUAAAUUUUGACGUUCGACACAUAGUUUUGAAGACUGUUACCAUUUUUUGAUGUAUGACAUCAAUUUUUGACAUUUGACACUAAUUUUUUGACGUUUGACAUAUAGUUUUGAAGUCUGUCGCCAAUUUUUUCACAUUGCUCACCAUUUUUUGAUGCAUGACAUUAAUUUUUGACAUUUGACGUACUUUUUUGACGUUUGACGUUUAUUUGUGACGUUUGACACUAAUUUUUUGACGUCUGACAUAAAUUUCGACACUAAAUUUUGACGUUCGACACAUAGUUUUGAAGACUGUUACCAUUUUUUGAUGUAUGACAUCAAUUUUUGACAUUUGACACUAAUUUUUUGACGUUUGACAUAUAGUUUUGAAGUCUGUCGCCAAUUUUUUCACAUUGCUCACCAUUUUUUGAUGCAUGACAUUAAUUUUUGACAUUUGACGUACUUUUUUGUCGUUUGACGUUUAUUUGUGACGUUUGACACUAAUUUUUUGACGUCUGACAUAAAUUUCGACACUAAAUUUUGACGUUCGACACAUAGUUUUGAAGACUGUUACCAUUUUUUGAUGUAUGACAUCAAUUUUUGACAUUUGACACUAAUUUUUUGACGUUUGACAUAUAGUUUUGAAGUCUGUCGCCAAUUUUUUCACAUUGCUCACCAUUUUUUGAUGCAUGACAUUAAUUUUUGACAUUUGACGUACUUUUUUGACGUUUGACGUUUAUUUGUGACGUUUGACACUAAUUUUUUGACGUCUGACAUAAAUUUCGAAGUCCGUCGCCAAUUUUUUUUACAUUUCUCAGCAUUUUUUGAUGUACGACAUUAUUUUUUGACGAUUGACAUAUAUUAUGAAGUCCGUCGCCAAGUGUUUCAACAUUUCUCACCGUUUUUUGACUUCUGACGUUUGACAUGUACCAAUUUUUAUGUGUGACAUUAAUUUUUGACGUUUGACAUACCUUUUUGACGUAUGAGAUAUAAUUCUAACGUUUGUCAUUAACUUUUUUGCAUUUCUUACCGUUUUUCAAUAUCUGACGGUUAUUUUUUUUAUUUUUCACCAACUUCUUACAAAUAUUUGAAAUUGGAAACUUAUUUUUCACGUUUGACAUAAAUUGUUGACGUUUGUCUUGAAUUUUUGAAGUUUGACAUCAAUUUUUCUGUAUUUCUUACCAAUUUUUAAUAUCUGACCGUUAUUUUUGACAUUUGAAACAAAUUUUUGAAAUUAAUCAUGGAUUUUUAUACAUUUCUUACCAAUAUUUGAUGUUUGACUCUUAUUUUUGUCGUUUGACAGAAAUUGUUGACGUUUGUUUUGCAUUUUUGACGUUUGAAAUAUAAUUGUAGAAUUUGUGUACCAAUAUUUCGUUGUAUUGGUCCCCGAUUAUUGAUGUAGGUUUUUAUUUUUUGACGUUUGACGUUCAUUCUUGACAAUUGACACUUUUUGUUGAAGUUUUUCUCUAAUUUCUUGAAAUUACCUAUAUAAACUUACUUAAAUAAACUUAUUUUUGACGUUUGAUAGCAAUUGUUGACGUUUUUCUUGAAUUUUUCGACAUUUCUUACCGAUAUUUGAUGCCUGACUCUUUUUUUUUUCACGUUUGACAGCGAAUUUUUGAAUUUUCAAGAAUUUUUUAAUUUUUCACCGAUUUUUUCCAUUAAAAUUUGAUAAUUUUUUAUAUGCAGCGCCAUUUUUUUAUUGUAUUAUAUAUUAUAUUCACAUUCAUUCUUGACGUAUGACACAGAUUUUCAACUCCUGUAAUGAGUUGCGGACAUUUGACACAAAUUUUUGACGUUUGAUGUGAAUUUCUAUCAUUAUUUGACAUAUGUCAUUUUGAAAGCCACAGAUUUAAUACGAAUGUUUUCUUUGGUUGAAAAUAUUUCGUAUCUUCAUCCUGUAUAUAACUUAAAUAUGACAUAAUUAAGAAUUACCAAAUAAAUAGUAAGUAUUUUCUCCGUAGUUUUUCCGACAUCGGGAAUUUUCCAUAAAAAUACAUUUCUCUUAUUGUUCUUUAUUUUCCGGCUGUUAUACGUCAUCAUGUGUAAAUAUUUAUUUAAAAAAAUAUAUUUACUCUAUCA